CUUACUGCGGCAUUUUAUUCUGCCAUGAUGGCAUCGAUGCUGGGACGUGGGAGACAUAAAUCCAGCAUGCGUGCCACUGGAUAUUCUGUCCCUCUGGGCUGAAGUUCAUAGUCUGUUGGCCAACUUGCAGCAAUGCCACCCUACUCCUCAUAUCUCGGUGCUGUCAGCGCAUUUGCGUUGGCCGCUUUAGGCGAGUCGCGCUCGUCAUGGACUUUGGGACAGGGUAUUGAAGUCAAUUGGCAGUCAAGUUCCCAGCAAUUGUCAAUUGUACAAGCUAAUAAGACCCUGCUCGCUACCGUCCCCGGCCAAAACUUCCUCAGUGCAAGUGCUGGGAACGACCAAUGGGUCGGUGCGAAUGGCAACUUCAACUAUACCAACGUUGACCGCAACCGUUGCCAGGGUCAAAAUGUCACUGGCAUCACCCACUCCCCGCGUGACGAUAGUAUCAAUGGUAGGGACGUGUCCAUCCAGGGAUACUUGCAACACUGUGGGGACCAAUCUAUCCCUUAUACCAUGAACUUCUGGGUGCCCAAGGCCCUUCCGGAUCGUGUGGCGUUCGACAUCAAUGUCGAGCCUGGUCUCAAGCGCACCUCUCCAAUGAAAAAGCUGUAUGUGACCUUUGGCUCUGAUGCAUCCGAGGACUUCUAUGGUCUAGGUGCUCAGGCAUCCUUUGCGUCCAUGAAAAACCAAACUAUCCCCAUCUUCUCCCGUGAACAAGGGGUGGGCCGUGGCGAUCAGCCCAUCACCGCGCUCGAAGAUUCUCAGAGCUGGUUCAGCGGAGGAAACGAAUUCACGACUUAUACUGCCAUCCCUCAAUAUAUCAGCUCUGCUGCAAGAGUCUUCUACCUUAGGGAAGAAGACACUGCCUUUGCUGAAUUCGACUUCACUAAGCCCAAUGCUGUGACUGUGAGGUACGAUGCUCUGACAGUUGGCGGCCACGUUAUGCAGGCGGAUAAUAUGCUCAAUGCCAUCACAAUGCUCACCGACUAUGUUGGCAAGAUGCCUACCCUGCCCGAAUGGGUCGACAACGGCGCCAUCUUAGGUAUUCAAGGCGGGCAGGAGAAGGUGGAGCGCAUUGUGAAAGAAGGUCUGAAGCGGGAUUGCCCUGUUGCGGCAGUGUGGCUUCAAGAUUGGUCUGGCACGCACACCCAAGAAGCACCAUACGGCAACAUGCAAAUUUCUCGUCUCUGGUGGAACUGGGAAUCCGACAGCAAACUGUACCCAACCUGGACUGAAUUCGUGCAGGAUCUUCGUGAAGAAUAUGGCGUUAAGACCAUGGCCUAUAUCAAUCCAUUCGUCGCCAAUGUUAGCUCUAAGGCCGAUGGUUACCGUCGCAACCUCUUCCUCGAGGCCACCAAGGGUGGAUAUAUGGUGCAGAAUUCGACCACAAACAGCACCGCUAUCAUCUCCAGUGGCAAGGGAAUCCAGGCUGGUAUUUUGGAUCUUACGAACGAGAAGACACGCACGUGGUUUGCCGAUGUCCUCCGCACACAAGUUUGGAACGCCAACAUCUCCGGUGUCAUGUGGGAUUUCGGAGAGUACACUCCCAUCACCCCAGACACCAAGCUGGCCAAUAUCUCCUCCGAUGCUUAUUUCUAUCACAACCAAUACCCUCGGGACUGGGCUAUCUUCCAGCGCUCCGUUGCCAAAGAAAUGCCCCUGUUUGACGAGAUGGUCACAUUCCACCGUUCUGCCUCGCUGGGCUCUAACCGCCACCUGAACCUAUUCUGGGUCGGAGAUCAAACUACUGUCUGGGGCGCCAAUGACGGCAUCAAAUCUGCCGUAACGAUCAUGGGCCAAAUGGGCAUUUCUGGCUAUGCCCAGAGCCACUCUGAUCUCGGCGGUUAUACCACCGCCUUCCACCCACCUACUGUGGCAAACUCAUCCGGCGCCAUUGGGCGUUCAGCGGAGAUCCUCGGACGGUGGGGAGAACUGGCCGCCGUUUCCAGCGCUGUCUUCCGAUCUCACGAAGGCAACGUGCCCGAGGUCAACGCCCAGUUCUACACCAAUAGCUCCACAUACUCCUACUACGCAUACAACGCCCGGAUGUUCAAGAGUCUCGGCCCCUACCGCCGUCAAAUUCUGAACAAUGAAAGCAAAACCCGUGGCUGGCCUCUCUUGAGAAUGCCCGUCCUUUACCACCCAGAAGAUUCCAAGGCCCGCCAGAUUAGCUACCAGAGCUUCUACCUCGGCGCCGAUCUUUACGUUGCUCCCGUCUUGGAUCCCCAGACGACCAAGUUGGAUGUGUACCUGCCCGGCACUGACAGAAACCGCACUUACACCCAUGUCUGGUCUGGCAAGACUUACCACGCGGGACAAACCGUGCGUGUCGAUGCACCUUAUGGAAAGCCGGCUGUGUUUGUGGUCAACCAUGCGCAUAGCCCCGAGCUGAAGGUCUUUUUGGACUUUGUUCGGAAGGAGAAUGGAACUGUCAUUCGUGUUUAGAUAGCGAGAUACCAUGUACUACACUUUUAGAGAGGAAUGUCAAUAAAGAAUACCCAAGCUCUAGAAACAACCCAACGUAUCCUGACGCUCCAAUUGUCCCUAGCUCUCAUAGUGCACGUUCUAGAGUGACUCCGUACGGCCUUGGGUGUAAGAUAAUACUUCCUACCAUCUCUCAGUGCUUGAAGUAUAGAGCAUUGAGUCGGAUUAAAGUGGACACACCAUGUUCGUACUGACCGUGGUAGUCUAACCAACAGGCAUUUAUGUCGGUUUUGCUCGCCAGUCCUUUAUGAAUUCUACAACGCUAUAAUUCCGCAACAGAAAGCAGAAGAAUACAAAGAACAAAGUAAUUGCAACCACAUACCAGGAUAUAAUUGAAAAUUCCAAAAGCACACUGGAAGCCUGUUUCCGAGUAUAUCAACAACCGACCAUUGUGGAGCCCCCGGGGGCCAGCUUACUAUUCUGGACUCUUUCAGACAGCUUGUCCAAGUAAGGUGCUUAUUCAGAACCUAAUCUAACGCCCCAUGGAAUGAUAAGGUCACUAGAGGAGCAACUAGUAGGGAAUAGCCAGCUUCUAUUGGAUCAUACUUAGGUUGAACUACUCGGCAUGCACGAUCUGCAUCUAAGCCUGUACUUGAUCCCAUUGGUCGUAGCGUGGGCUUUAAUAUACGCCGUAC